AUGCCUCCAAAAAGCAAUCUCGCCAAAAAGCAAAGGCUUCUUCCGAAAAGCAACAAACACAGCAAUAGUUCUGAUAAGAAGGAAGUUAAUAACAACAACACCAUUGUCAACAAUACGAGUAAAUCUCCCUCAACAUUGGAAGGUUUAGAGGAGGGAAAGAGGACUCUUUUCAUCAAUCCUUAUCAUCGGAAAGAUGAUGACAAUUCCGAUACGUGUUCAGUUCAUGAUGAUAGUUUAUUGAUCAUGAUGGAUAAUAUUCAACAUCCAACAUUUUCCUCUGUGGGAUCUCCACCCACAAGCAACAACAAUUCUAUUAAUAGUGCGAAAUUAUUUCUUGAUGGGAAUAGUGGAGAUAAAUCAUCAGCAAUACCUGCAACAACAAUUCUUGCAGAUGACAAUUCAUCCCUAUUCUGCACCGAAUCUGCUUCAUCAUCUCCUCUCAAAAGAACACUCUCACGAAGAAGCUCAAGAAAGGAAAUUAAUUACAAUGAACAAAAUUCGGAUGAUGAAGACGAUGAGCUGAACAUGCCCCAACGACGAAGAAAAAAGAAAAAACACGAAGAAGAUCCAGAGGCACGUAUCUAUGAAGAUGAUGAAGAUGAAUUGAGCGCUGAAACAUGCAUUCGUGUGAAUCAAUUACCGAGAGUCUUUCAGAAAAUUAUGAAUUCUCUCAAACCGAACAUAUCUUACGAAUCAUAUGCUGUUCAGACCCUGUUAUUGAACUGUGCUCUAGAUACUGAGAAUUUUCACGAUGAAGAGUCGUUAGUAGAUUUUGUGACGUACGUGAUCAAAACAAACCCACAAUUCGUUAUUAGGGGGAUGAAGUCGUGGCAAGAUCCUUCAAUGUCAUCCUGA